CAAAAGCAUAAGGAAGAAAAUGCAUUGUUCCACGGUGAGGAGCCUUUGAAUCUGGAGGGCUGUUCAGUCGCUGUUGCUGCCGAAUACACGAAAAAGAAGAAUGUUCUGUCUUUGAGAUCUCCGACCGGUGCCGAGUAUUUGUUGCAAACUGCCAGUGAGGAAGACAUGGAACGUUGGUUGCGACGAUUGCUGUUGGCAACGGGGCAGUCACAUGAAGAAGCAUCUAGUCGUUCGCAAACAUUACCUGCUGAAGGAUCCACGAAAGCAAAGAAAGGGUUUUUCGGUCGAGGGAAAAAAUGA